GCCCCUGAGGACGCGAUGCCCCCCGUGUUGCCCGAAGAACACCAAACCGGCAGCGGUAGGACCCGAGGGAGGGGCUCAGCGCUGCCUCAGGGAGGCUCAAGCCGGAACCCCUCUCAGGCCACCCCGCUGCCCUCGCAGGGCCCGCGCCUCACACAGCGCCCUGCCGUGACGUCAGAGUACGUGUGUAUAUGGGGGCUGGAGGGGAGGCGAUGGUAUGACGUCAUCCUGCUGCCGUUCCCGAGCCCGGUUCAGCACGGAGCCGCCCCCGGCGGGCGGGGCGCGCAGCGCGGGGCGGUCCCGGUGCAGAACCGCUGCCGGCAGCGCUGGGCCCGGCCAGUCGCCGUGCGUGAAGCCAUCGGCUGGGCGAUGCGGAUGGCGGUCGGUGCGGCAGCGGGGGACGGGGCGGCGCAGAACCCCGGCCCCGCCGCCGUGUCGCUGGGCUUGAGCGUGGCCGUGGUGUCCAGCCUGGUGAACGGCUCCACCUUCGUCCUGCAGAAGAAAGGGAUCGUGCGGGCCCGCGGGCGAGGUACUUCAUACUUGACAGAUAUAGUAUGGUGGUCUGGCACUAUUGCAAUGGCUCUUGGUCAAAUAGGGAAUUUCUUGGCCUACACUGCAGUCCCAACUGUGUUAGUGACCCCCUUGGGAGCGCUUGGUGUUCCAUUUGGGUCCAUUUUAGCUUCUUAUUUGCUGAAAGAAAAACUGAACAUUCUUGGCAAGCUGGGAUGUUUGCUGAGCUGCGCUGGGUCUGUUGUUCUCAUCAUUCAUUCCCCAAAGUCUGAGAGUGUAACGACUCAGGCUGAGCUUGAAGAGAAACUUACAAAUCCAGUUUUCGUGGGUUACCUCUGCGUAGUACUGCUAAUGCUUCUCCUGCUAAUCUUCUGGAUAGCUCCAGCUCAUGGACCUACUAAUAUCAUGGUUUACAUCAGUAUUUGCUCUCUCUUGGGCAGUUUCACUGUUCCCAGCACAAAAGGCAUUGGGCUGGCUGCUCAAGAUAUCUUUCACAAUAAUCCGUCAAGUCAAAGGGCUUUGUACCUCUGUCUGGUACUUUUGGCAGUAUUAGGAUGUAGCAUUAUCAUUCAGUUCAGGUACAUCAAUAAGGCACUGGAAUGUUUUGACUCCUCUGUGUUUGGAGCCAUCUACUAUGUUGUGUUUACGACUCUAGUCCUGCUGGCUUCAGCCAUCCUUUUCAGGGAAUGGAGUAAUGUAGGAGUGGUCGAUUUCUUGGGAAUGGCAUGUGGAUUCACUACAGUAUCUAUUGGAAUUGUUCUUAUACAGGUCUUCAAGGAGUUCAACUUCAAUAUUGGAGACUUAAAUAAACCUAACAUGAAGACAGAUUAAUUAUUUUUUUUUCUUUUGAGGGGAAACUGGAUGGCUCAGGGAAAGAUAAAGAACCUUUCAUUUCUAGGUCACUGAUUCAAAUAUGAUUCAGGUUGGUAGUCAGCCUCUGAUUUGGUGGCCUACGUGAAAUGAAUUGGAGGCCUCCAUCCAGUUUCAAAGGAGCAGUUUUCCAUUGUACCCCAGUCAAUACAAUAAAUGACCUUAAUUGGAACCGUGGAUUGAGUUAGCAUAGAGACUGUUGUAUUUCCUUACUUUAAAGGAUAAUCAAUCAGAAGAGAUGUGAGGAUAUUCUGACAGACUUGUGUGUGAAUCCUUGUAUUACGGCUGUCCCUGAGGUAUUGUUUUUGUGGGUAGAAAACAUCAGUUUCUAAUGCACUCAAUCUGAUUCCUUUCCAUGAGUGAUGUGUACCUUAAAAAUAAGAGGGGAAAAAAUGCGAGUUGAACAAUUUGUUAAUACUGCAAUGUGUUCACCGUCAAGGCUGUGAAUUCUGAGACUAAUGUUGGCUGAACUAUGGACCGCAGAUCUGUCCUUUUUAGUGACUGUCUUGGCAAUUUGGUCUGCCAUGUGGUGAAGACACUGGGGAGUUUUAAAUUGAAUUCUUUACACAGAGCAGUGAACCCUUAAAAUCCUUCACUACUUACUUAUCAGCUGAUGGUAUUGUUCAGGGUAUGCAUUUUCCUUUGUGACAUGUGCAUUAAGACAUACCGCAUUCACCUGAGAGUUUUUAAUCGGGAGACAAAGUCUGUAAAAGAUACGGAAACGAUGCACAGACUCAUUGCCUAUAUGGUGGCUUAUUUUGUAAGCAGCUCAGAACUAUUUCAGUGCCUUUGUAAUCCAAAAAUACUGCGUAAAUGCGAAUGUAUUUGUUUCAGAUGGCCUAUAUCGGUUUAAUAAUUCAGUCUCACUGUCAGUAAUACUGGACUGUAUUCAAAUUCUAAACAUGUAAAGCAUCCAGGAGAGAGACAUUUUGGAAGAAUUUACUAGCCUGAAUUGAAACUCCUAGAUGCUUUGACAGCUUUGGCAUAGUUGUAAUGGGAAGAGGUAAACUAUGAGAGGACUAUUCAAAGCCAGCCAACAUACCUUGAUUCUACUAGUUACUGCUUGAUUCUAAUUGACUAAACACAAGAAGCUAUAUUGCAAAGUAGUUAAUAAGCAGCAAAACUAAAAUAAAUGGUUGAGACAGAAGAGCAUAAAAUUUCUCACUGCUCAGAAAAAGAAAAGAUGGCCUUGUCCUCUUGUAACCUGGGAAAAGGAGAUUGAAGCCUGACAAAACACAGGCAUUCGGAGAGCUGAGUUUCAGGCAACCAACUGGAACAUACAUUCAGAUCCACUAACUUACAGACCUUUAUGAAUAGUUCAGCAAUAAUAUUUUGACAGGUAGUACUCAAGUACGCAGCUUAAGCUGUGAGUGGAAUGAUUCUGAACUGUUUAGGUUAAACCUUUUAGAGAACAUUUGUAUGUCAAAAAUACUUAAUUUUCACAUGUUUGUAUUUGGUAGUUAAAAAAUCACAAGUCAAAAAUUUGUGAGGAAAGCUUGAAAAGUAAGAAAUGUUUGUUUUUAUUUCGAGUGCAAAAACAGAAUUCAGACAGUGGAACUCAAUGAUCUCUGGGUCAGGAUGUUUCUUGAAACAAGCAAAAUCCCAGUAUGGUUACAAGACAGCAUUUGGAAAAAGUUCAUGAUGUUUUUUGAAGAAUUCAUGAAUCUUUGUGACUGGCUGAGGGUAAUACAAAUGUUGAUUAAUGAAGGUAAUAGUGUUCACUCUGAAGUGGGUUGUUUUUUUUUUUUGGUGUCUGUGUGUGUGAAUUAAUGCUAUCUUAAAACUCACCUAUUGUUUGGAAGCCAGUUUGACGACUGUGAACUCCGGAUUCAUGGUCUGAACUGGCAGAAAUGUGCACUCUUACAGACUGACACAGAAAUUGGGUGUCUUGACGUAAUAAAAUAGCAGAAAAGGGGCCAUCUUGGAUUUGCAGAUACUUCAUAUGAUUUCUAGAAAGUUUCAGAAUGGUAGAUGGGGCAAAUUGGACCAUGAAAGAUAGUUACUAAACUCUGUUGAUACUGAUUGAAGAUGACAUGUUGGUUAUCAGCAGGCAGUUACGUUUUGUCACCUAGUUCCCUUCUUUUUUUUUUUCCACUGAAAUCUGAGUUGUACAUACGUUAUGAGACCUGUAGUGACCUACUUUUUAAAACAGUGUUAGCUGUUUUCUGAAGCAGUCAAAUUGCCUUUUCAAAAUCCGCAAUCACAAGUUGCAUGUUGGUUUUGUACCGGCCUUAAAUCUCCAAACGUUUCCAUGAAGAUCUUUAGGUUAAAGUGAAAAAGUUUGUGGUCUUAUCUCAGACCUCCUUUGGCCAUGUUUGUAUGUUUUGUUUUAAAACAUUCUUAUUUAUUUAGAAAGUGCCUAUCCUAGUACGUUAGGUGCAUAUGCAAAUUAUUAGUUAAUAUUGUAUCCACAGUAACUUGACUGCCCUAUCUAACUCAUGCCAUUUUCUGCAACACACAGGCAAGUUUACUUGAUGAGUGCUCUCUACGCAGAGUAAGAAUUAAGUAGCAACCAUGGUCUGUGGUCCUUUGGCCAUCCUUACAGCUGAUAAAUGUAUGUGUGGGUGUCUUUUCCCCGGCUGCUCCUCAUCCAUGAUGAGCUUUCUAGAAAUGUCUGGUUAACCUUGUUUAAAACAGAUGUCAAAAGCCAGCACAUAAGAUGAAAGAAAUUCUCGUGGCCUUGCACAUCAUUUAUAUCUGCAGCCUUUUACAUCGUGAAUGCUAAAUAAUGGAAGCCUUUAGUUUUGCUACUUUGUUCAUUGUAUAACAGUGUUUUUUGAGUACUGCUGCACCUGGACCUGGUUCAAUUCUAACUUUAGAAGUGUAUUAGCAUUUUGUUGUCACAGUUGUUAUCAUUCUUCCUCCCUUUUUUAGUCUUUGCCAGUUGCUUUUCUGAUUUAAAAGGAGGCAGUGUUGAAGUUGAAUUUUAGCUGUUCCCUCUGUUUUUCCUCACCUCUGUCUGCACGUGAAAAAGACAUCCAAGUUCCGUCAUCUCAGGGAGCAAAUGUGCAUAGCUGUUUCCUGAGCUUUCCCUCAUGGAAGUGAUGGAGCCUACAUGUGUAAAAUGGAGUGAUUACAGUAGUGGAAUGCAUUGGAGUUAAAUUCAAACCCAUACAAAAGGUGUUUCACUCUGUACGUCUGGCAUCUGUUGUACUUAUCAAAGUCACUUACUUGUUACUCACUUGCCUUUGAUGAUUGACCCUUCAGUGUAUGGAGGGUUUACAUGUGUCACUCCCAAUCUUUAUUAGGUGUCAAACACAAAAAUUCCUCAGAUGCUCAGUAGGAAAAUAGAAACAUUUUUGAUACAACAACCAAAAAAAUUUGUUACCUUAAGUACUUACAUAGAAAUGAAGAAUACCUAAGGUUAUCUGCUGUACUGACUUUCCAACACGUUAUAUAUGUAAAUAGAGCCUAUUUAUUAGUGAGCUGAAACUAAUGUUAAAGAGAACCUGUCAUAUCACAGUUUGACAAGUGAGGCUUCCUAUUAAUAAUCUUGAUUUGUACUGAAUGUACGUAUUUUUCUGAAGUAGCUAGCACUGAAAAAUGAAAACACUGGAUUUUGUUCGUUGAAAUACUAGAAUCUGUGAGGUUUAGCUUUGCUUUUUAUUUGAAACAUAGAGGGUUUGUAUUUGAAGAAAGAUCUGGGGUUAAUAAGUAUGGAGUGCUUAAAACUGGACUUUGCAUGUUAUACCCUUCUUUCUUCGUAAAUAUAAAGCAUUCUGCAGAUGUUCCUCAGCUGUCUAGCUGAAGCUGCACUGUUAAAUCAAUUAUUAACAAAUAUUGAUCAAUUACCUGAUGUCUUUUCUUUACAGAGACCAAUCUUUGAAAUAAUUUUUUGGUGCUACUGAAUAGAGGCUGAAGUGAUGCAGAAUGUUAAUGUACCAUGUGAGGCACCAAUGAUGCAAAAAGUUAUUACUAUUAGUGCCCAAGUGUUUCAGACAACAAUGUUGAAAUGAUUACAAAGUUAGAGGUUAAGAAAUCUUUCUUAAAAACUGAAAAUAUGUGGUUUUGGUGGGUUUUCUUGUGUUUGGAUUUUUGUUUUCUUCUUUCUCUAAACAGCUACUCUAGAGAGUAGAAAAUGUUACACAAAUGGGGUAUUUUUAACUUAAUUCUUUUUUUUUUUUUUUUUUUUUUUUUAACUGUGGAACUUUCUUUUUUUCUAACUUUUGUUUUCCUGGAUGUAAAAAAACAGUUCUGAUGCGAUGUGGGGAAAAAGUGGACGGCAACAAAUACACAAUGUCAGGUUGCUUCAAUGCUAUUGCAAUAUACUCACUAUGGAUUACAUACAAAUGGUUUAUUUUAUUAGCUUUCAAAUAAUGUGUAUAUAUAUAUAUAUAUAUAUAUUUGUUAAUGGCUUACCAGUCAAGCUUACUCUUUGCUUUUUAAAAAAUAGUUAUAGGCAUGUUGUAUUUGCCUUGUGUAAAUUAUAAGAGGCUAUUUAUUAAGUUUUCUGAUAACUAAUCUAUUUAUUAAUCUGUAAUGUUUUAAAAUAAAUGAUUUUAUUUCUAGCUCAA